AUGGAACGACGAACGAGAAAAGGAUGGGCCGGGAAAGUGUAUUAUUGCUACUGCUACUGCCCUGUCGCGACACCGAUAAUGAUUUGCGUGCCAUCAGGAAAUGAUGACACUGAUACCGACGAUGAUACUGAUAGCGACAAUAUUGAGUGGCAGGGUGGUGAAGAUGCUGAUGGCAAUAGCAUUGAUGACAGUGAUAGCGACGAUAAAUUAAUAAUUAUAAUGAUAAUGGCGGUGCACACGUCCUCUUCUUUCGUCCUCUACGCACCAUGUAGUCAUUCAGUGAAAUAA